GGAAUACAAUUGUUAGAGCCCGAAUGGAUUCCAAGCAAACCCUAGGAACUAUGGCGGACGAGAAGAGAUUGAGUGCUUUGGUGGAAGAGGAGGAGUCCAAAAUUGCCCUUCUUUCCGUCUUCAAGAAAGGUAGCAUCCGAAAGUAUAUCUUCCUCAACCUCCCCCCUCCGCCGCCGCACAUGGAGAAAGCCGGAGGCAACGCCAGCCCUCGCGAUCGGUUACUCCGAGGAAGAAGGGAGGGAAAUGAAAAUGAAGAUGAAGAUAAAGACGGUCCGAUCCUCUUUGGCCGGCACCCCAAUUGCCAUAUCGUCUUGGAUCACCCCAGCGUCAGCCGCAUCCACCUCGCCGCCCGCCUUGUUCCUUCCAAGCAAAAGUUAUCCGUCAUUGAUCUCUCAUCCGUUCAUGGAACGUGGAUUUCGGGAACUAGGAUCGCGCCGAACACUACUGUGGACAUGGUGGAUGGCGAUUCACUGAGGUUUGGUGCUUCGACGAGGUUUUAUAGGCUUCAGUGGCUCUCGGUGAGCCAGGCGAUGGAAAUGGAGAACCCGUUGGAACCUGUCCUUGAAGGCAAAGAAGAAACUUAUCAGGAGGAUUGUGGAGAGUUACUUGCUGGAGGUUAUGAUUUGCUGUUGCCCAAUGUAAUCCCGUCUGCACCGCCUUUGCCGGAAGUUUCGAGUUCAUCACCUUUGCCACCUGGAAUAGCGCAGCGGAGCCCAGAGAGGAAGGUGACUGAAGUACAAAGAUCAAAUUUGCUUUCUUCUGCGCCAGAAGAAGUUUUGAAUUCAUCACUUCUUCCAUCAAUAACGGAAAACCAAAGCGCUUCAAAGGAGUUGGAAAUUGAGAACUUAGGUUUCCCUUCUGUUGCGCCAAUAGGAAUGGAGCUGCGGAGCCCAGACGGGAAGGUGACGGAAGUACAGAGAUCAAGCUUUCUUUCUGUUGUGCCAAAAGAAGAGCCUGCCCUUGAAGGCAAAAAAGAAACUUAUCAGGAGGAUUGUGGAGAGUCACUCGCUGGAGACCAUGCUUUGCUAUUGUCCAAUGUAAUCCCUUCUGCACCGCCUUUGUCGGAAGUUUUGAGUUCAUCACCUUUGCUACCGGGAAUAGCGCAGCUGAGCCCAGAGAGGAAGGUGACUGGAGUACAAAGAUCAAAAUUUCUUUCUGCUGCGCCAAAAGAAGUUUUGAAUUCGUCGCUUCUGCCAUCAAUAACUGAGCACCAAACCGCUUCAAAGGAGUUGGAAGUUGAGAACUUAGGUUUCCUUUUGGUUGCGCCAAUGGAAACGGAGAAGCAGAGCCCUACGAGGAAGGAGACAGAAGCUGAGAGCUCAAGCUUCCUUUCUACUGCGCCAAUUAAGAAUUUGAACUCAUCUAUGCCACCAGAAAGGGAGAAUCACAGUCCACAGAGGAAGGAGCUCCAAGUUGAGAACUCAAGCUUCCAUUGUAAUUCACCAAUGAUGGAAUCUAAUGGAUCUCUGAUGUCAACUGUAGCAGUGGACUCGAUCAAAAUUAUGAAUUCAUCAACUCUGCCACAGGAUAUGCAGCAUCCGAGCCCGGUUUGGAAGGAGUCAGAAAUUGAGAGCUCAAGCUUCCAUUCUGUUGCAACAAUGGUAGAUUCUAUUGCAUCUUUGAUGUCAACUGUGGUAGUGAACUCGAGUAAAAUUUUGAACUCAUCACCUCUGUCACAGAAAAUGGAGCAUCAUAGCCCAGCAAGGAAGGUGCCAGAAGUUGAAAACUCAAGCUUCCAUUCUGCUGCACCAAUGGUCGAAUCUUUUGGAUCUUUGAUGUCAGCUGUGGUAGUUGCUUCCAACGAAAUUUUCAACUCAUCAUCUCUGCCAGAAGAAAUGAAUCGUCAGGGCCCGCCAAGGAAGGAGUCUGCAGUCGAGAACUCAACCUUCGAUUCUUCUUCACCAAUGGCGGAAUCUAUUGGAUCCUUUAUGUCAACUAUGGUAGUGGACUCUAGCGAAAUUUUGAAUCCAUCACCUCAAUCACAGGAAGCAAAGCAUCAGAGGCCAUUAAGGAGAGAGCCAGAAGUUGAGAGCACAAGCCCUCGUUCAGCUGCACCAAUAGAGUACUCAAACCCUCAGGUUUUGUCUGUUACUAAUCUGUCAUCAGAGCCAGAGCAUCUGACCCCAAAGAGGUCUGAUAAGAGGAGAGCAUCAUCUAGCCUCUUAUCGAGGAGGAGCAAGAUGAAAUCGCUUGGCUUCCUUAGCCUUGACACUGAAAGAGAUAAGAAGAAAGUUCAACAUGCAAAAACUGAGAGUGAAGGUGUUGAUAAGGAAAACCACCAUGUUUUUGAGCAAACCAAAAGAGAGGAUAAACUCUGUAGAGUGCUAUUUGACAAUGAAGGAGAGAAGAAGCAAAUCAGAGAAGAAUUUUUUGAUUCAGACAAGGAGAAUGUCACCCCAAUGUCAUCGCGCCGCAAGAUUAUGAAGAGGAGCCCUCGAAUUCUGCAUCAAUCCUUAGGCGUUGUAGAACAAUCUAAGGUUGAGCAAAAUGCUAUUAUCCCUUCAGCUAACAGCUUUAAGAGCCAGAAAACAUUGAAAGCUAAUAUAUCUGCAGCAAAAUCUGAUCAGCAAGAGUUGAUUGCAAGUUCAUGUUGGUUAGAAGACAUUCAUAUUGAUAAAGAAAACUCUAUCAUGGAAUCUUGCAAGGGUAAGAAAUCAAGGAAAACCUCAAGUCGGACUCCUCUGGUAGUUCAAGACAAUGAAGAAGCAUUUCCUUGCAACAAGGAGAAUAUGACGCCUGAAAUUUCGGUAUCUCUAAAGUCAAAAGAACUGCUUCUUAAUAAUACUUGUGCAAGAAUUGAAAAGGAGAUCAUGAAGAAAAGAGUUGAAAGGAUUCCGUUGCAGUCUCUGCUGAAUAAUACUCCUUCAAAACCUAAUGAUGCUCUACAUUCGAUGAAGCCUUCCAAGGGUAAUUCUGUUUCCAUUGAAGAUGACCUGGUCACAAAAUGCCAACUGAAUAAUCGAUCUAUUACACAGCCCAUGGGCGGUGAAGUGCUCCAUAAAACAGAGGAGAGGAAAAUCUGGCACCUUGUCGUCGAUGCAAAUUGCUUCCUAGAUGAAGAAUCAACAAAGUCCUUACGACUUUUAGAGGGAUUAAAAGGGACUCAUCUCAUCAUUCCUCAAAUUGUAUUAAGGGAACUUGAUUGCCUCAAGCGGCGUGAGAGUUUUUUCAGCAAAUCAACAAAAAUGGCAUCCAAAGCACUGCAAUGGAUAGAAAAAUGCAUGGUGAACGUGAGCUGGUGGAUUCAUGUCCAGAGCUCGUUUGAGACUCUGCCAGCAGCACCAACCCCUCCCAUUUCACCUCGGUCACCAUUGUUUACUGGCCCUAAAUCAUCUUUCUCCUCCUGCGGAAACUUGACAGACAUUGUUUCCCCGACUGCAGAAGACCACAUCCUUGAUUCCGCACUCUUUUUCAAGAACAGGAAAAGGGACGGACAAUUUGUCAUCCUAUCCAACAGCAUCACGCUAAAGAUCAAAGCCAUGGCAGAGGGGUUGCUAAGCGAAUCACCCAAGGAUUUCCGCGCGAGUCUCGUGAAUCCAUUUUCAAAGAGGUUCCUAUGGGCGAACAGCAGCCCGAGAGGAUCAACUUGGUCCUGCUCCACUGAUACUGCCCUAUUCAAUAACCAUCUCCAUCCAGAACCUUUAAGAAAAGUAGGCAAAGCACCUGCGGACGUGAAAGGGUUGAAGCUGAUACUGCUUCACAAUGCCCAGUUUGCCCAAACGAACUCUACCUUUCCAUUCACAGGCAGUGAGUGAGGAUUAAAUUUAUGGAACAUGACACUGUAAAACAUGUGCCUGAACUUGUGUUUUCAUACAGUUGCAAGUAAGAAGUAUUACAACCA